AGAGACCAGUGCUUUUUAAAGAAAUUCAAAGUCAGUGGGCCGCAAGGGGUCGCCAAAGACUAAACAGACGCACCUGCCACCACCCACCGCCCCUUGUCGCUCGUCCACAUGACCAGAACAACAACAAAUGCUGCAAAACACUCAAUAUCCGUGCGCACACAUUUCCGUAUUCCGGUCUGUUUGCAAGCAAUCCGCAUCUCCGUGCCGAGGAACCUACGUAAAUGCCGCUGGCAAAGGUUUGAGCCGGAGGAGUGCUACUGACGACAGGCCUGUCAAGUGCAGCAGGAUUCCAAACUGAUACGCAAUAGGUGGGCUCCCCUGUGCCUCAAGCCGUCUGGAAGUCGGGAGAAAUCGGUAGGAAUCGGCGGAACAGCCUGCAGAGCACUUGCAGUCGCGGUGGCAACCACACGGCGGCUGGGCAGCUGGGCUACCUGAAAACAUCGCGAAGAGAAGAAACAGUUUAUUCGAGGAAUUCGAAUGGCAUUUGUUUUUCUCCUUCGUUGCAUGCCACCACACGAAAGAAGAUGAACAAUGAACAAGCGCCGUCAUCAUCGGACACACCGGCGGAUCGUGUGGCAUCUGGUGGAGCAGCUGCCAAAUUGCCAACGAUCAUACCGGACACGCCCAUCGUCUCGAUUGCCGCUGGCACGAUGAGCGAGAGCACCACGACGACCACCGUCACCAAAACGACGCCGACGCCGUUCCCACAGGAGCAGCUCAUGACCAUGAUGUCAGACCAUGUGGCCAAGGCGGACGCGCAGCUUGACGAGGCCUGUAGGAACCAGGGCGCCAAAGACGAGGACAGUCAAGGAGCGUCACCAGUGGCUGCCAACCAUGUAGCCACCAGCGGCAGUAGCAGCAGCGGUAGUGACCCCAAGAAGUCAUCAUCCUCUAGUAGUAGCCAUAGCACUGGUAACCACGACGCCACGGCAGACGCCGCCAAAGGCUCUGCAGCAGAAGCAGCAGCAGGCGAUACGUCCUUCUCGCAGGUCUUUGCCAUGCUGAAGGAUUCGCCCAGCGCUGAACUGUCGCGACCAAACCGCAGGGUUCUCCAGUACGGGGCCACUGCCAAGGGCAAGACCCAGGACGAUCAGAAUGUCGGCAAGCGACAGAAGAAGAAAAAGACAAAGUACGAUACCUGGGAAGAUAGUGAUUUUAAUGAUUUGGACGACGCAUCAUUGAAGAAACUUCUCGAAGAGGCCUACUGGUAUCGAAAUCCUGGCGAUAGGAAGAACAAGAGCGAGCGAUUUCUGCAAAUGCUAAAAAAGGCUGAGUACGACGAAGAGAUCUCUUAUCGUGCCAUCAAAUCCUGCCUCACAAUCAACCCAUCCGCACUAACGUCCAGUGCAACAGGCUCGAGCGGCGGGAGCAGCAGCAGUGCAGGGCACAACAGCAGCUAUAACUCCACCAAUCAUCGGUCAACGGAUCCCGGCCAGCGGCACAAGCAGGGCGGCUCCCUGCAGGAUCUCGUUGAGGCGGCGCACCGCAGCGAACUGGCCACAACCUCGGCAGCGGCGGCGGCAGCAGCGACAGCGGCAGCAACCCAACGUUUCAACUGUGAUUACCAGCUGAGUGGCCGCUCCAAUCGCCGGCAGCAGCAGCAGCAACAGCAGCACAACCAAAACGCCACCUCCUCCGCAUCCGCAUCCAAAAAGAUCAAGAACUUAAACGUCUCGGGCCGGCAGCGCGAAGGAGGCAGCCUGCCCAGCAGUGUUAACUUUGAGCCGGCAUCGUCUGCCAUGGAAGCCAAGCAGAAUAAGCAACAGGCUCAGCCUUCGACAGAAGCUGCAGGGGGCUCGUUUUCGGGAUCGGUUGGUAACAAACACCACCACCGCAGCAGCACCGGCAGUUGCAGCAGCCUGUUAACUCAAUCAUGCGACGCUGAGGCAAGCAAUCAGUUUGACUUGGACGUGGACAUGGACGAUGCGACGGGUGUCGGUGCCAGGGCCGCUGUCGGUGCCAGCGACGUCCAAGACGACAACAUCUUAGGGCAAUUGGAUCCUCAGAACCCAUCGAUGAAGUUUCUGAUUGACGCUCUAAACGACAAGCCAUUAGAGGCCAGGUACACCGGUGCCGGCAAAAAGUUCCUAAUCGACGACCGGUUGCAUUUUUCCGUCCUGGAGCUCUCUGCCAGGAGGAAGCUGCAGCAGCAGGCACAAUACCUGGCCGCCCUCACCGGACAAUUUGGUCUCGGCCUGGAGGAGGAGAAGCGCAAGGUAGAGGCCGGCUACGUGUCGCUCAACGACAACUACACGGCGUGCUCCUCAGUUUACGGCGGCGGUGCAGGUUCACCAGCUGCCGUGGAGGGCAGCAAGCCCUCUACCUCCUCCUCGGCCGUGUCUGGCGGUGGCAACUGCGCUGCCUCCUCUGACUCACUGUCUACCGAUCUGCGGCCUGCGAAGAUUGGACGCAUGGUCCCCGCCGCAGCGGCAGUGGCAGCUGCGCCAAUGGGUGGCAAGACGACUACGCGGCAGCUAGACGAGAAUGGAAAUGCAUUGGGCGAUGGCUUCGGGGGCAGUGCAGCCAGUGGAGCCAGUGGCGCCAGUGGCUCCAGUGGCGCCAGUGCUGUCGCCAGCAGUAGCAACGGCAACGGUAACGGAAACCAGUUCACAGCUCUAAUAACCACCACGGUGGGAUCCAGUGUACCCACCUCUACUGUCGCUCACCGUCAGAAUAGCGUCUCCACGCUGCUCUCAACGGGAACCAACACUACAACAACGGCCAUGGCAGCGGCGGCGGUGGCUGCAUCCUACAGCCAGUUGCAACAGGCACCGGUCGGAGGCGCGGCUGGAGCGGUUUCUGGGAUCGGCAUUGGCAUGCAGCAGCCCACCAAGCAGAAGGCGAAGAAGAAGUCGCAGCAGGAGCGCAACACCACCACCGUCGAUGUGGAGUCGGUUGCCGGCUAUAGGGGCAAUGAUCCUGUUGAGCAGCUCGUCAAGUACAUUGAAAACGAUGUCAACGGUGGCGGAAACAGUGCCGCUGGACAGCGCAAGAAGGAGCGCAAGAAGCAAAACAAGCUUAAGAAGAGCAACUCGUUGGAGGAGCUGCGCACAUGCUCAAAAAUGGAGGUGGACGAUCUGAAGCGCCAGUCGGCGACCACGGAGAUGAUGCGCCAGAAGAAGGGCACGAACAAUGCGUCCUCGGGCGGAUCGUCGUCGACGGCCUCUGGUUCCUCAAAUAGUGGCAAGCACAACUCGGCAUCCGUGGCGGAUAUUAACAAAAACUGCAACAAGGAGCAGCAACAGCAGUCGACGCCGACGGUGCAAGUGCGCAACAGCAACAAUCCAGGAACGCAGCAGCGGAAGGGCGAGCGUCGGUCCUGGGGCACCGAGGAGUUGCAGUACCUGGGUGACCACCAGGAAAUGUCCGCUGCCUGGUCGGAGCUGGAGACUGUGGGCCAAAAGCAGCUGCCGCUGGCGCUGCCCGCCUUGUCGCGCAUGUCCGAACUGGAUGCCUUGAAUACCGUCUUGUCGGAGACCGCUGAGUUCCAUGUGGUUACCAAGAAGAAGAAACCAAAGAAGCAGCGUGCUGUUACCAUGGACGAUGCGGCCGUGGCUGCAGCUGCCGUCACGGGCGGCAAUUUACAGCGCAUGCAGCAGAUCACCAAGUCAGCGUCCUCCAACAUUAUGUCCCAGCGGAUGCACUACUAUACUACGUACAACAGCAACAAUGGUGGAGGCAGUGUCAACUAUAAGCAACAGCAGCAACAGAGCCAACAGUACCAGGAGAACUACCAGGUGCCACAGGGGCAGCACCACCAUCACCACCACCAUCAUCACCACCAUCAUCACCAUCACAGCGGCUCGGCGGUUUCGAAUCAGGUGGAUAGCUCACGGCGCAAGUCUACGUCGUCUAUGCCGCCAUCCGAGAAAUCUGACUCCAGUGAUCUCGACUCGGUCCACUCCCUGCCCAUCCAGACGGGUAAGAAGAAGAGCCUUGGCGGUGGCAACAACAAACAACGGGGGGCGCCGGCAGCCAGUCAACGCCAGGCCAAGCAAAACAACAAUGCUGCAGCCCCCAUUUCGUAUGCGGAUAUCGCCCGGAACAAGCAGGAGGCUCUAAACAAUGCCACGGCCAGCGACACCGAGUUGGAGCUGGGCGACAAGAUGCAGAGCAAGAGUGGCGGCAAAUCCAAGUCGCGGCCCGAUUUCCCGGAGCUGCCAGGUGCUGUUACGACAGGGGCUGCAUGUGGAGGUGCAGCCAAUCAGGCGACGGUUGUCAGCAACCAAAAUACGCCACCAUCCUCGUCCAGUUCUAUCAGUUAUUCGCAGAGUCUCAAUGCAACGCCGCCCAGCAGCAGCAGCGAUGCGGAGUCCACCAACUCGCCGGAGCUGCUGGCGCAGGUGCAGAUACCGGCUUACAGCAUGGUCACGCCAACCCUAACAGCCUCCAUGAUCAGCAGUGUCAGCAGUUCUGCCGCCAGCACCUCUUCCACAUCCUGCUCACCGCCAGCUCUGCAGAAAUCCAAGAGCGUGGAGCACGACACCAGCUACAGCUGCAACAGCAGCAACUUGGAUCAACAGUAUCCGGCACUAGAAAAGACCGUCAAGCGGCAUAGCACCAACAACGUGUCUGUGGCCGUCGCAGCCUCCACCUCGGCAUCGGUGUCCUCCUCGUUGUACAACUUUGCAGCGGCAGCCAAGCAGGCAGAUAACGCCCAUUCUGUCGUAUCGCCGUCAGCUGUAACAACUACCUCAACCGUAGUCGCAGCCUCAGCUCCAGCUACAGCACCAGCUACAGCUUCAGCUCCAGCUCUAGCUUCAGCUACAGCUACAGUUACAGCUCCAGCUGUAGUUACAGUUCCUUGUUAUUCCUCAUCCUCGACACAUGGCUCGACUCAAACUUCAUCUUCUACUGCAUCGUCUUCUAUAGCAGCUUUACCCUCGAGCAAGGCCAAGACCAAGCCAAAGGAGCUAUCUCCCAGCAGGAGUUGCAGCAAGAAGCCAACGAAGCCUAGUCAAGACGUGCCGUCAAUCAGUCUGUCCAUUUCCACCACGCCGAAGGCGACCACCAGCACCAGCACUACUACUACACAAAAGACCACGGCUGCCACGCAGACCGAGGGAGCCAAGAAGCUGAUCAGCGGGAUCCACAAGCUGCCCAGUAGCAGUUGCAUUGCCAAGGGAGCCGGAGCCGUUUUGGAGGCCACCGCAGCCAGGCGUGCUGUGAUCAUACUCAACGAUGAUCGCGAAGCAGGCAGGAGCAACAAUGAGUUCAUAUUCGGCGAUUUCAACGAGGAUGAGCUAAAGCUCUUCGACGACAACUUGGAUGAUGAGGAGGAGGGCCAGCACAAGCAGUCUUCAAACAAGAAACAGCAAACUGAGGCGGAAUCUGAUGUAACCCAAGAUGACACCGAAGACGUGGACCAAGAUAUGGACAAGGAACUGGAAUGCCUGGGACGACGACCAGAGAAGAAGCAAGAGCGACAGCAGGAUGUCAGCGCCAGCAGCGAUCAGCAUCUGAAUGAUUCUGGUGCGGCUUCGGAUGCAGUCAACAGCUCAGCCAGCAUUGACAUGCUCUCAAUUUCUGCAGAGGCGGCACAAUCGUCACCUAAUGCGGGGGCAACCGCUACCUCAUCCAGCGUCGCCAGUCCCAUUAACUCGUCCACGCCCUCGGGUGCUUCGUCCGCAUCGGCAAGCACUUCCACCUCAUCGUCCUCGGUCUCGAUUUCAUCAUCGUCGGGCGGCAACGGCGCCGCUUGUCUGGCGUCCGUUUCCGGUAUGCUUGGUGGAGUGGCCAAUCAGUCGGGGGACAGCGGCAUCUAUGCUGCCGCCAACACGUCCAUUAAGGAGCACGUUAACAAUUUCCUAAGCAAGGCCAGCAGCAGCGAGGAGACGCUGCCGAGUCCCAACUCCAUAUCGAUGCAACAGCUGGAAACAUGCAACGACAUCGAGGCGGCCAUCAUAGCCGCAGCCCGUGCUGCCGCUGCUGCCCGGAGCACCAGCUGCAGUCGCAGCAACUCUCAGGAGCAGGACGCCUUGCAGCCGCAGGUCAAGACCAAGGCGACUCCCAAUCCCAAUCCGGAGGCGAAAAUGGUUCUGCCUGUGUUUGUGACCUACAACAACAACGACGACGCCGAAGACGAGGAGGAGGACGACGAGAGCCUGCAGGAACUGAGCUUCAUGGCCGAUCUUAAGGCGGAUGCAGCCACGGAGGAUAUUUCAAUGCAGCCGCCACCGCCACCGCCUUCAUGUCCGGCGAUGAUGACCAACACGGAACUAAUCGUCGACUACAUCGCCAAGACCUGGAAUGCCAUUUCCAACAGUAAGUACGUAACGUACUACAACGAGCAAGAGCGGGAGCAGGAGACCUAGAAACCACACAAACAGCAAUCGCUGCAGCGCCAGCGAAAUCGAAAUCAGCAACAUCGGCGUCAAUCACAAUAGCAACGUCAGCAAUAUCGGCAGCAAUCUAACGAGAGCAUCCAACGUCGGCUGAAAUCAGGAGAGCAGAUUAGUUGGAAUAGGGUGUUCUAAAAGUUUAAACGUUUUUUUUUUUUUUUUUGCUAAUCCAUCGUUUUUAUAUCUACCGAUAUCGUACACACACUAUAUAUUAUUGCAAUAAUGAUACGCUCUAAUGCUAAUUAAUGUAACGAGUCGAUAGACGAACUAUUGAUUUACUUUGGCAAGCGCUGCAGCCGUGGAUCAGGGUAGACAUCUAACCGAUGGGGUCAGCGUUGUCAAGGAGUAUCAUCAGGUGUUUGUAUUUCCAGUGUGAGUGCAUGCGAGUGCCUGAGCCUAGGAGUAUAGGAUCCUGUCGGCUCGGGUUCCGGUGCCGCAUGCCCAAUAGGUUAACUAUUGAAGAAGGGAUUUAAUAGAGAAGAAGAGCGUUCAGCUGUGAAUUAGAAGGAAAUCAUAACUAAAUCAAGUGAACUUACGAAAGCUUAAAGUGAAUAUUUAUUUAACAUAAGUUGACCGAGAUUUAAACGUUUUUUUUUUUUUGUCGCCUCAAGAUGCGAUGGUCAGAUAGUGAUGUUCAAUCAAGCAUUUGGAUUUGCUUUUGUUAAUUUACAACCUUCUGGAUCCCGAAAACGCAACGUUUUACCAUUACUAUUACUAUUAUUGUACUUUAAUAAUUAUUAUACAAUUAUUCAAACGUUUUUUCGUCAUUGUUUCAUAUGCCCAAUUUUUGGGCGCAUUGUUGGAGGAAAUCCUAAUCCUAGAUAUUAGACCGAGUCAACGUCGCGUGUACAUAGUGGACCAGAAGUCGUGUAGGCAGUUCGAUCUCUGUGUUAUGGAUUAGUAGAAACAGAACAAAACAGAACAGAAUAAUAGAACAGAGCAAAACAGAAAGCCCCACGGAAGAUAUUUGAUAUGUGUGUAUGAUAACGACUAUUUAAAGUAAACUAUGUAAGGCCGCUUCUUUGCUCCGGCUAGCCAUAAAUAAGCCUCAAGAGGAGAGUAUGUUACCGAAUAACCGAAUGCAAACAGAGAACCACAAAAUACCGGCAAAAACACUAUAAUGCACUUACGAAAAAUGCCGCCGUUUAGCUGGAAGAGCCUCAGAAGGUCUCUCCGAGGGUAUAGAAGUAUAGAUAUCGUAACUAUUUAAACAAGAAUUAAUUUAAAAGUAACAAACACGAAAAAGUUCGGUAGAAAGAGAAAUGAAUUGGAGUCGAAGGCGGAUACGGAGUAACAAACAAACAAUAAGCGUUAAGUGAACUCGUAAGUAUAAAAAGCGCAACUAAAUUGCUAUCAAUAGGAAUAUACAUUAUAUACGUGGAUCUAUUAACGUAACUUUUUUUUAAAAAACGCAAACGUUAACCGUUUAAAAUUUAACGGCAGGUAGCAGUUAGGUGAACAAAAGUCGGAAUAAAAUUACGGAAAUAAAUCAUUAAUUUAAAGUAUCUAAAGUACGAAUCGAGAAAGCCUAUUUAAAGCUAAUCAUUAAAACAUUUAGAAGUCCCAUUUGGAAUGCCCAGGGAGUGGGCAUGUCCGAAUAAACAGAACAAACAUUGCGAAAUGUUUUUAGAUAUAUGUGAAACUGUUUUGCUUCAAUUGCUGUAUAUUUUGAAAAUAAAAGUUAAGUAAUAUGCCGAAAAGCGGGACAUGUAUUCAACACCACUCAACCCCGAGUCCUGACCCCUUGACCCUCUAAAACUCCGCAUGCAACACUCGGCCAGAGCUGUUGCUGUGCUGCUCUAAACCAUGUUAGCCAUCCGCAGCAGAAUCAAAAGUCAGAGCAGGAGAAUUUUAACUGAGUUGCUAGGAGGACGACGAUAUGGAAUAUAUUAAAUAUUUGUAUCUCUACCACACACAUUAAGCAGACAUUAAGGAAACACACACUAGUUUACAAAUUUGGCCUUUUGGCGGUUACCCUAAAGAGCGUUAAAUUUUCUAAUUAAUUGGAGGCUGCUGAAAGCGAAUGUGUAUCCGAACCCAUCUUACUAUAGGUUUAUCAUACGAAUAUUAAUACCAACCUGCGAAUGGAAUAACCUGUCUUAAAUUGUUUAGUGAAUUGUAUUUCAAACAAAUUAUUUAAAUAUUACGUGUUUUAUGGUCGACUGGUUAUUAUACCCGUUACUCGUAUAGUAAAAGGGUAUAAUAGAUUCGUUGUAACAGGCAGAAGGAAACGUUUCCGACCACAUAAAGUAUAUAUAUUCUUGAUCAGGAUCAAUAGCCGAGUCCAUCUAGCCAUGUCCGUCUGUCCGUAUGAACGCCGAUAUCUCAGGAACUAUAGAACCUAGAAGGUCGAGAUUCAGCAUACAGAUUCUAGAGACAUAGACUCAGCAUAAGUUGUUGCCAAUGUUGCCACGCCCACUCUAACGCCCACAAACAGCACAAAACUGUCACACCGACACUUAUAAACAAUUUAUUAAUGUUUUAGUUUAUUCCCCAAUAUCUAUCUAUCUGAAUAACGGGUAUGUGAUAGUUGGGGAACUCGACUAUAGCAUUCUCUCUUGUUUUUCGCCAGUAAACAUUACUUCCUUUCACAUUCAACGCUCUUUUCGAAAAUAUCAAAUCAGUUUCCUGUUCUGUUUAGAAUACACAUGUUUAAUUUCAGCAAACUCAAAUUAGUCUAAGAAACGUGUUUUAAAGACGUACAUCUUUCGUGUAAACUAGUGUUAUAUAUGUACAACCACUAAGUCAAACUAAGCCAAUGUACACUGCAACAAUUUUAGACAAUUGAGAACUAACGAGAAACAGAAACAAGAUACACAAAACCGAAUAUAUGAGGGUAUGGAAAACAAAAUGAAAUUAAAUUAUACGCUAGGCCAGUAAUUGAACAUAAUACUGAAAUAUUAUAAAUUACUUAUAAACAAACAGAAAAAAAAAACACAAAAAAAAGUUUCUUAUGUGUGUAUUUAUGUAAUAUAUAUAUUGUAGUUGUGUGUAUGUGUAUAUAAAUAGUAAAUUGUGACUCGAGACAAAGAAAAUCACAGAGGCAUACGAAGAAGGAUCAGUCAGGAUAAUCGGACAUUCAUUUUCCCCGCUUAUAGUAAACCGCCUUUUUCGUAGGACGAGGGCGGCUCGAGCUUGGAGUUUGUAGGUCGAGGCAUCGGCCAACAGACCAAAACUAGGAUUGUUUGUUUUAGUUUGGCCUUUUGUUUUUACGUAGCUAGCGUAUUGUUCAAUUUAUCGGAUAUUAGAUAUCGGAGUAAUCGCUCGAGUUGCGUACAGUCAGUUCAGUCUGCAUUAUUUCCGUCUUGCGUGCACUUGUUGAGUUUGAAAUACAAAAUAACAAUAAUUGGGAACGGAGUGGAGUGGCGAGAAUUGAAGCAGCAGAGAGCACAGUGGGAACUAUAAUCAUAGAUAUACAUACAUGUAACAAAGUCUACGACUAAGUCUAUUUACUACUGAUGAACCUACUAAGUAACCCCCUGAUUCCCGAUUCCCCAAAAUUCCAACCCAUCCCUAUAUAUAACUUAUACAUACCAAUAUUUGUACAUGCGAAACAAGCGAAAGGCUUUAGAAUUUAAUCGUAAUGGUCCGAAGCAAAAGCAGCAACUGAAUGGGAAACCGAAAUUUAAUUUAUAAUUUGUUUAAAUUAUCAUAUACUGGAGAGAAGUGUAUUUCUGUGGAGAAUCGAAAUAAAAUUUAACAAAAAAAGAAAA